GCUGGUGACUGUGCUGUGCGCUCGGAGCAGCUGUCUGUCGGAUAGUAGCAGCGAGUCCACACGGAGACAUGGGCGCGCUGUGAUUAAUUCUUCUUUCCUGAGAAACCCUUUUGUCGGAUUUCACUUUGAAAACAACGCUACUGUCUCUGCGAGACUUCAGCCACGUUUUGUCUCAUGUGUGGCUGAGAGUGUGUUUCCAUAAACGAGCAUGCUUUUAUCACUGCCUUUGUUUGAUAUGAGACUGGAUUAGGAUCUCCGGCAGCGGACUAAACUGCCCGCUUUAGUAAAGAGAGGCUAAUUUAGGCUCUAGCCUAACUUUUUCUCGGGGCAGGGAUGUCUUCGGCUCGGGUGGAUUACAUUGCGCCCUGGUGGACUUACUGGCUUCACAAUUUUCCUCACAUCAACCUGAGGUUUCAGCCCAUUGACAACAGCUUCCAGCCUGAAGAGGAGAACUACCAGCAGUCUCUCAUUUUCCUGGGCUGUGUGGCGGCUGCAGGGCUCGGCCUCAACCUUCUCUGCCUGGCCAUUUACCUGAGCUGUUUGUGCUGCUGCCGCAAAGAUGAGGAGGAGGAGAGCAAGAAGCCAAACUCCUGCUGCGUCACCUGGUCCGCUGUUGCUGCAGGCCUCAUCACAUGCGUCGCAGUGGGUGUGGGUUUCUAUGGCAACAGUGAGACCAAUGAUGGUGUGUACCAGUUGACCUACUCCCUGUACAACGCCAAUCACACGCUGGGCGGUGUGGACAGUCUGGUUACUGGUACUAUGGGCAGCAUGAAGAGUGGUUUGCACCAGCACCUUGCAAGGCUGGAUGAGAUCUUCGCCACACGGGGUGACUAUGUGCAGACCCUGCAGUUCAUGCAGCAGAUGGCUGACAAUGUGAUCAAACAGCUGCUGGGCCUGCCUGACUGGGAGGAGGCCAAAGUGGACCUGGCAUCCAUCGCUGAUCAAACGGCAAACAUAGAGUACUACAGGUGGCUCACCUACCUGCUGCUCCUGAUCCUGGACCUGAUCAUCUGCCUGCUGGCCUGUCUGGGCCUGGCCAAGCAGUCUCGCUGGCUGCUAACCACGAUGAUGGUGUUUGGAGUGCUGACUCUCGUCCUGAGCUGGACGUCUCUGGGAGCUGACCUGGCCACUGCUGUGGGUACAAGUGAUUUCUGUGUGUCCCCUGACAAGUACCUCAUGAGCCAGACGAAGACUAUCAUCAGUGCUGAUAUUGUUCAUUACUACCUUUACUGCAACCAGACUCUCUCCAACCCCUUCCAGCAGCCUCUGACCAUCUUCCAGAGGUCCCUGACCACCAUGCAGAUCCAGAUCCAGAGUCUGCUUCAGUUUGCUGUACCUCUGUUCCCUACAGCUGAGAGAGACCUACUGGGUAUCCAGCAUUUGCUCAACUCGUCAGAGGCCAGUCUGCACCAGCUGACCGCCCUGCUGGACUGCAGGGGGCUCAAUAAGGAUUACCUGGACGCGAUGGUGGGGGUGUGCUAUGACGGGGUGGAGGGUGUGCUCUACCUCUGCCUCUUCUCCAUCCUUGCAGCCUGUGCCUUCACUGUCAUGCUGUGUGCCAUUCCCAGGGCAUGGAGACAAAUUGCCUGCAGGGAGCAAGAUUACGACGACAUCGACGAGGAGGACCCGUUCAACCCACGGGCGAGGAGGAUAGGCUCUCAGAACCCCAAUCACACCAACAUGCACAGCUUCUGCAGCUACAGCAGCAGCAUGGGCAGCCAGAACAGCUUGCACCCGCCCGCCCCUGCUGUCUCCAACGCCCCCAUGUCUGAGUACAUGAACCAGACCGCUCUGUUUGGGGGGAACCCACGGUACGAGAACGUGCCUCUGAUAGGACGAGGAUCUCCACCCCCUUCGUAUUCCCCCAGUAUGAGGGCCACCUAUCUGUCCAUGACCGAGGAACAGAGUAGACACUUUGGGAACGACUUCCAAGCAUAGACUUCUCUGUCUGCCCGAGGAGGGAAACAGCAUCUCACACACAAACGCACACACCUUCAACAAGAGAGGAGUGUGCGGCUAUUCCAAGCAUCACAAAGAACAGUGUGACAUCUAGUUUGUCCAGGACUCCAGCCUGUGUGGUCUCAGGACAAAUGAACCGUAUCUGUACUGUUCUCUAUGUGUGGUACACUCAUAAAUGAUUAAUCUCACUUUCCUGCCCCAAAUCCUUUUGUUGAAGAACUUAAUCUUAAUCCGCUGUGUUCCUCGGCUACCUGACACAAGUUUUGAAACAUGAACUGUAUAAACCAGCCUCACGCAUCGAGGGGGAAAAGGUGUGAUGACCGUCUGUGGGUACCUGAGUCCUUCAGGUUAAACACCGGUGAUAGAAGCAAUUUUGAGGGUUAACUUCUCACUGCAGUAAAACUAAGCAACAUGUUCCCAAUAAGAUAAGAAAAAAAAGACAAUUUAAAAUGAAUUGUCUCUUGUUUUGCAUCUACAGCCCUUCAAAGCUUUGAAAAGGAGAUGUGCAUCACUUCUGACAACUUACAUUCAGGUCUCCAAAGAGAAAAAAAAUGUGAACAUGACAGCUGAUGUAAACAUGCCAUAAUAUUUUCUAUGUGUUAUGCUUCAUGCUUGAUAUUUGUGAAGCACAACCCCUGCACUGGCAGCACACAGCAGGAGGUACUGCUGAGAUAUAUAAUUUAUUUACAUUCAUACACAGACACACCUGUGAGUGAAGCUUUAUGUUUCUGAAUCUCUGGAGACGUGACGUUGAGACCACGACUUCUGUAAAUAAGUUGUACAAUAACAGACUGUUGUCUUAUUCUGAUUUGAUUUUUGUUUAAACAAUGUGCCAUUUUUUUAUAUAUUUUUUCUAGUUUUUUGUGGCAAUGUCACAUAGGAUCACUCUUCUUUUGUAUUUUCUAAAGGGCCAUUAAUUCAUAUUGUCUGCAUAUCUAAUUCAACUAAUACAAUAAAGUUGUAAUUUCUGCCGUAAUUUGGGAAGCUGUGCUGCUCUAACUAGAAUUAAUGAGAAUUUUCAGGUAACUAUUUUCAUCAAAACAACCUAUCCAAACAGUUUGGACUGACUAACAGUGGUUUUCCGUAGGGAUUUAAUACAUGCAGUGUCAUUUAUUAAUACUGAUUUUGUUAAGUGUCGUUUCUUUCAGCAUGUUACACCACAGGCACUGAGAGUGGUGCUUAAUUUUGUGUGUGACCUCAGACUGUGGGGUCUAAUUGUGAGUUGAAUAAACCAG